AUGGCCCUCCUGCAUCAGUUCAAAAUCGCAGGGGGCCAGGUGACCUACAAGAGCCGCAUCCGGGGCAGUGAUUGCUACACGGCUAACAGUGAGAACAGCCGCAUCGUUUUGUCUGAAUUCGGGACUGUGGUCAUGCCAGAACCCUGCAAGAACUUCUUCCAGCGCUUUCUGUCCCGGUUCGAACUGCCAAGUGAGUUUACAGUUCAAGGCUGCAGUUCAAGAGUUUGAGGUCAAAGAGUGUAGAAUAUAUGACAGACAGAAAAUUGAUUUGCGUUGUGCUAAUCACAUGAAAACUGUCUUUGGUCCACAGAAGCGUCAGAUAAUGACAAUGUGAGCUUUGUGACAAACAAGGGUGAUUACCUCCUGAGCACGGAGACAAACUUCAUGCACAAGGUGGACCGUGAGACACUUGAGACAAAGGAAAAGGUAGGCCUUGGUUAAUAAAAUAUUGUAUCAGAGCUACUAGUGUGCAGCUUUUUCUUUUCUAUUUAAAAGGCCUACACACACUACCUACAGUAGCCUACAUACAGUGAGGGAAAAAAGUAUUUGAUCCCCUGCUGAUUUUGUAUGUUUGCCCACUGACAAAGAAAUGAUCAGUCUAUAAUUUUAAUGGUAGGUUUAUUUGAACAGUGAGAGACAGAAUAACAACAAAAAAAUCCAGAAAAACGCAUGUCAAAAAUGUUAUAAAUUGAUUUGCAUUUUAAUGAGGGAAAUAAGUAUUUGACCCCUUUGCAAAACAUGACUUAGUACUUGGUGGCAAAACCCUGGUUGGCAAUCACAGAGGUCAGACGUUUCUUGUAGUUGGCCACCAGGUUUGCACACAUCUCAGGAGGGAUUUUGUCCCACUCCUCUUUGCAGAUCUUCUCCAAGUCAUUAAGGUUUCGAGGCUGACAUUUGGCAACUCGAACCUUCAGCUCCCUCCAAAGAUUUUAUAUGGGAUUAAGGUCUGGAGACUGGCUAGGCCACUCCAGGACCAUAAUGUGCUUCUUCUUGAGCCACUCCUUUGUUGCCUUGGCCGUGUGUUUUGGGUCAUUGUCAUGCUGGAAUACCCAUCCACAACCCAUUUUCAAUGCCCUGGCUGAGGGAAGGAGGUUCUCACCCAAGAUUUGACGGUACAUGGCCCCGUCCAUCUUCCCUUUGAUGCAGUGAAGUUGUCCUGUCCCCUUAGCAGAAAAACACCCCCAAAGCAUAAUGUUUCCACCUCCAUGUUUGACGCUGGGGAUGGUGUUCUUGGGGUUAUAGGCAGCAUUCCUCCUCCUUCAAACAUGGCGAGUUGAGUUGAUGCCAAAGAGCUCGAUUUUGGUCUCAUCUGACCACAACACUUUCACCCAGUUCUCCUCUGAAUCAUUCAGAUGUUCAUAGGCAAACUUCAGACUGGCCUGUAUAUGUGCUUUCUUGAGCAGGGGGACCUUGCAGGCGCUGCAGGAUUUCAGUCCUUCACGGCGUAGUGUGUUACCAAUUGUUUUCUUGGUGACUAUGGUCCCAGCUGCCUUGAGAUCAUUGACAAGAUCCUCCCGUGUAGUUCUGGGCUGAUUCCUCACCGUUCUCAUGAUCAUUGCAACUCCACGAGGUGAGAUCUUGCAUGGAGCCCCAGGCCGAGGGAGAUUGACAGUUAUUUUGUGUUUCUUCCAUUUGCGAAUAAUCGCACCAACUGUUGCCACCUUCUCACCGGGCUGCUUGGCGAUGGUCUUGUAGCCGAUUCCAGCCUUGUGUAGGUCUACAAUCUUGUCCCUGACAUCCUUGGAGAGCUCUUUGGUCUUGGCCAUGGUGGAGAGUUUGGAAUCUGAUUGAUUGAUUGCUUCUGUGGACAGGUGUCUUUUAUACAGGUAACAAACUGAGAUUAGGAGCACUCCCUUUAAGAGUGUGCUCCUAAUCUCAGCUCGUUACCUGUAUAAAAGACACCUGGGAGCCAGAAAUCUUUCUGAUUGAGAGGGGGUCAAACACUUAUUUCCCUCAUUAAAAUGCAAAUCAAUUUAUAACAUUUUUGACAUGCGUUUUUCUGGAUUUUUUUGUUGUUAUUCUGUCUCUCACUGUUCAAAUAAACCUACCAUUAAAAUUAUAGACUGAUCAUUUCUUUGUCAGUGGGCAAACGUACAAAAUCAGCAGGGGAUCAAAUACUUUUUUCCCUCACUGUACAUAACGGGUUGCAUUCAGUCUAAACAAAUAGCCAAAUGUUUUUGUUUAAAUAUUUAUUAAGAGACCUAUUGCAUUAUAGGAUAGCAUGAUUGAAGGGCUAUCAAGACAUUUCAUUUUUGUUGUUGCUCUCAACAGGUGAACUGGAGCAAAUUCAUCGCUGUCAAUGGAGCCACUGCCCACCCCCACACAGACCCUGAUGGUACAACAUACAACAUGGGGAAUUCUUUCUCUGCUAAAGGUAAGUAAGGAACUAGCCCCUGCCCAUUCACUAACCACCUUCCACCACCAAUGCCUGGGAGGAGGAUGGCUUCCUGGUUAUGGACCUCUGAGUCGCAGACGAUGGCAAAGCCAUCAACAACUACAUGGUUCAGAACAUGCGCAAGUCAGGAGAGGCUCUGGACGAGGUUAGUAUCAGUCUAAACUGAAGGGUAUAACACUUCAUAACUUUAAUGAAUAAGCAUUAAUAAACUAUUUUUAAAAUACUAACUACAAAUACGUAUUACAUUUGUAAACAUUUAUAAGCAUUUGAAUUCAGAAGCAUUUAUCAUUAAAAAAAAUAUUUUAUAAAGCAUCUAUAAGCAUUUAUAAUGGCUUGUUCAUUCAAGUUAAAAGUGUAACCAGCUGAAGUCACUAGGAUCAGGAAUCCUACGUGUGAACUGCUUGAGGUUGAAAAUAUUUUUUAUUUUUUAUUACACACUAUGUGCAGUGUUCUCCGGCGAUUUGUCUUGCCUCUCAACGUGGACAAGGAGACACCAUGUGGGCAAAAUCUGAACACACGCCCAACAGUAUCACCACUGCCGACAAGGUAUGUGUACAAUAAUCAUGCACAAGUCUUCUAUUAUACAUCACUGCUGAUAUACAUCACAAGUUCAUUAAACAAAAGGUUAUGUGAUUACCCUCCACAUUAUGUGAAUAUUUACUAUCAGAGCCUUUAAACACUCUCUCUGCAGGUGUUCUAUACACAUGAGGAUCUGCAUGAUGAGGAACUCCAUAAGUACGGUGGUCUCGAGUUCCCACAAAUCAACUAUGCCAAGUACAACACCAAACCAUAUCGCUACUUCUACGGUUGCGGUUUCAGACAUCUGGUAGUAGACACUCAUCAAAAUGGACCUCCAAGGCAAAAAAAUGAAUGUUGGUUCAGAUAUAUUGAUUCUUCCUUCCUUUUUAGAAACACGGAAGAAUAUCUGCAUCAGUAAAACAGUACUCUAUUGCGAUGAGUGAUGUAGGCCUAGGUCAUAUUUGGCAGUUUGACGUUAGGAAAUUCAAUGCUGACCUUCACACUACUGUGCUUCAAGGUGUGGGAGCAUCCUGGACUGUACCCUUCAGAGCCUGUCUUUGAACCCUUGCCUGGCGCUACAGAAGAGGAUGAAGGUGUCAUUAUGUCUGUGGUCAUCACUCAAAAUAAGGUCAGUUCCCCUUUAAACACCUAUGCCCAUUGGUUAACAAUUGUUGCACUCUUAACUCCCAAUGUUAGCCUCCUAACUUAAUGUAAACAUGUGCCCCUUCUCCAGGACAAAAGCACUUUCCUGUUGGUUUUGGAUGCCAAGACAUUCGAAGAGUUGAGCAGAGCUGAGGUGCCUGUGAACAUUCCCUAUGGUUUCCAUGGGACAUUCAACUCCACUAUAACUCAUAGAAGGCCUCUAUCAGAAAAAAAUUAG